AUGGAAACUGCCUCAGAACAACGUAUCCAUAUUACAGAAGAUACUCCGCAUAAUGGCAAAUCAUUAAAGCAUGAAUACAUGAUAUCACAGGACGAAGUUGAUGUUGGUUAUAAUAAAUCUCCUGAAUUGUAUAGGACAAGUGAAUAUUCUGAAUUAUUUACUGUUUCUGAUAAUAAGCUUGUUUUAAUCCAAAUUAUCAG